CUACCGUCCGAUCUUUCUCACAUCAAAAUCAAACUUAUUGAUCUUCUGAAUUCAUCUUUUUCUCCCCCUCUUAAAAUCCCCGCUUUUUCCUUCUUUUUUCACUCACCUCUUUCUCUCUCUCUAAACGCUCUCUCUCUCUCUUCUUCAACUACAACCAUGGCUGCUCCUGCUGCUGCUGUUCUAGCUUUGUUCUUAGCUCUUUCAAUUGUUAAUGCUCAAGAUGCUUUUAUUGGAGUUAAUAUAGGAACAGACCUCUCAGAUAUGCCUCACCCAACUCAAGUGGUUGCACUUCUGAAAUCACAGCAUAUUAGACAUGUUCGACUCUAUGAUGCAGACAGGGGAAUGCUCCUUUCCCUUGCCAACACUGGAAUACAAGUUGCAAUCUCAAUUCCUAAUGAUCAACUCCUUGGUAUUGGGCAAUCGAACUCAACUGCAGCCAGGUGGGUCUCACAAAAUGUGGUUGCCCAUUAUCCAGCAACCAACAUUACCGCAAUUUGUGUUGGUUCUGAGGUAUUAAACACCAUCCCAAAUGCUGCCCCUAUUCUUGUAAAUGCCCUCAGAUUUAUCCAGUCAGCACUUGUAGCCUCGAAUCUUGAUGGCCAUAUAAAAGUUUCCACACCUCUUUCGACUUCAGUUAUCCUUGAUUCUUUCCCUCCUUCCCAAGCCUUCUUUAACCAUUCAUUGAACUCAGUCCUGGUUCCAAUGCUUAAGUUCUUACAAUCAACUAAUUCUUAUCUAAUGCUCAACAUAUAUCCUUACUAUGAUUACAUGCAUUCUAACGGUGUAAUCCCUUUGGACUAUGCUCUUUUUCAACCUCUUUCCGCAAACAAAGAGGCUGUUGAUGCUAAUACACUCCUCCAUUACACUAACGUUUUUGAUGCCAUGGUGGAUGCUGCAUACUUUGCUAUGGCUGAUCUCAAUUUCACUAACAUCCCCAUUAUGGUGACUGAGUCAGGCUGGCCAUCCAAGGGAGAUCCCAAUGAACCUGAUGCCACUCUUGAGAAUGCCAAUACAUACAACAGUAAUCUCAUUAAACAUGUGCUCAACAACACUGGAACACCAAAACACCCAGGAAUUGCUGUUAGUACUUUCAUAUACGAGCUGUAUAACGAGGAUACAAAGGACGGGGCUACCUCAGAGAAGAACUGGGGAUUAUUUGAUGCAAAUGGGAAGCCUAUCUAUAUCUUGCGUCUAACUGAGUCAGGGUCUGUUUUGGCUAAUGAUACAACAAACCAGACUUUCUGUACUGCAAGAAAUGGGGCUGACAAAAGGAUGGUUCAGGCGGCUUUGGAUUGGGCCUGUGGACCUGGGAAGGUUGAUUGUUCACCUUUGUUGCAGGGCGAGCCUUGCUACGAGCCUGAUGAUGUGUUUGCUCAUGCUACAUAUGCUUUCAACACUUACUAUCAGAACACUGGCAAAGCUUCAGAAUCUUGUGACUUCAAUGGUGUGGCUGAAAUCACCACCACUGAUCCAAGUCAUGGUAAUUGCACAUCGGCUAGUCUUAAUGGCACCUUUGUGAACGCGACUGCACCAUCUAUGAACUCAAUGAGCUCAGAUUCUCCAACCAGCAUAUUUUGCACAAAUUCUUCACUACUAUUAAUGGUUGGAGUUUUAACAUGGAGCAUAAUCUUCAUACAAGCUGCAAGAUACAUGUAAGAUCAUUGCUUUGGACCCAAAGCUAUUUUUGGCGAAGUAGGAACUUGAAGGGACCUCCUUGUUUCCCUGAUAAAUUCCUCUUUUCAGUGCUACCUCUCCAAACUGUCAAAAUAGGAAUAGAGUUGUAGGUAUCAACUGAUGUUUAACUGUUUUCAUUCUUUCAAUUUUACCGGAGACAUAUUAUUUGUAUGAUUGUAGUUAGGCCAUAUUUUGUCUUUCCUCCACCUUCCAAAACAAUAGUGUGCAGGUUGGCCCGACAAUGUCCUUUUAAACCGAGGAAAUUGAUCUUUAGCUUAGGCUGUAUUUUGACAGCAUGGUAGUAGAUCUUGAGAAAUUCAUUCAAAUGUGAAGGUUGUUAUGAACUCAAUUGUGACACAAUUAAAUUAUGGGUAAUAGAGUGAUUGAUUUGUAACAUAGACAA